AUGAAUAAUAAUUUUAUUCAAAUAUAACCAUUUUAUAAAUACAAAAUGAAUCAAUAGUUUAUAAUUUUUUCUUAUGAAAAAACAUCAAGUUAGAGUAGAAUAUGUGUGAAUCAUAUAAAGAAAAUAAUUAUGAUUGAUGUGGAUUCUUAAAAUAAGAAUAUUGAGGAUAAAUUUAUCUGA